AUGGCGUUCCGGCAGGCGCUGCAGCUGGCGGCCUGCGGGCUGGCAGGAGGCUCGGCGGCCGUGCUCUUCUCGGCCGUGGCGGUAGGAAAGCCGCGUGCGGGCGGGGACGCGGAACCACGUCCGGCUGAGCCGCCGGCCUGGGCGGGGGGCGCGCGGCCGAGCCCGGGCGUCUGGGACCCCAACUGGGACAGGCGAGAACCACUGUCUCUGAUCAACCUGCGGAAGAGGAACGUGGAAUCUGGGGAAGAGGAGCUGGCGUCUAAGCUGGACCACUACAAAGCGAAGGCCACACGGCACAUCUUCCUCAUUAGGCACUCCCAGUACCAUGUGGAUGGUUCCCAGGAGAAGGACCGCACUCUGACCCCGCUGGGUCGGGAGCAGGCUGAACUCACUGGGCUCCGCCUCGCAAGUCUGGGGUUGAAGUUUAAUAAAAUCGUCCAUUCCUCUAUGACCCGAGCUGUAGAGACCACUGACAUCAUCAGCCGGCACCUGCCAGGCGUCUGCAAAGUCAGCACAGACCUGCUACGGGAAGGCGCCCCCAUCGAGCCGGACCCACCUGUGUCUCACUGGAAGCCAGAAGCUGUGCAGUAUUACGAAGAUGGAGCCCGGAUCGAGGCCGCCUUCCGGAACUAUAUCCACCGGGCAGACGCCAGGCAGGAGGAGGACAGUUAUGAGAUCUUCAUCUGUCACGCCAACGUCAUCCGCUACAUUGUGUGCAGGACUAGUUUCGACUGUGUUAAAAUGGGAAACUGGCUGGGUGCAGUGGCUCACUCCUAUAAUCCCAGCACUACAGGAGGCCAAGGCAGGCAGAUCACCAGGUCAGGAGUUUGAGACCAGCCUAACCAACAUGGUGAAACCCUGUCUCUACUAAAAAUACAGAAACUAGCUGGGCAUGGUGCUAUCCCAGCUACUUAGGAGACCGAGGCAGGAGAAUUGCUUGAACCCAAGAGGCGGAGGUUGCAGUGAAAUCUUGCCAUUGCACUCCAGCCUGGGUGACAGAGCGAGACUUCCAUCUCAAAAAAACGGAAACAUGCAGUGUGACAAAGGAACACUUUGCACAGAGUCCUGCCUCCCCUUGGCUGAACCUCUGCCUGCGUCGCACCAACUGCCUGCUCACAGGACUUCUGCCAGCGGCCUGGGCCCUCUGAAUCCCUGACCGGUGGCUGUGGAGAUGAUAGCCGACAGCCACAGCAACCGUACACAGCUGUCUAGAAACAGUCUGGUAAGCCAGGGCCGCACCAACUCCAAAAACAAAUACCAGGCACACUCACGUUGGACCUCAGAUGGGAGCAAGGCUCAUGCCUGCAUGCAGGCCCCACACUGGGCCUGUAGGGAUGGGGCCGCGCUGCAGGGCUGAGCCUUUGUUUUGCUUAGGGCCCCGGCUCCUCUGUAAAGGGGGAAAGCUUGCAGAUAGGGGCUGGGCCAGCAGGUUUGCUGGGCAGCAAAGCUCAUCACUAUGUGGAAAAGACCACACGCAGCUGGCUGCCACCCCCCACCCACCCUGCGGCCACUGCCAUCGCUCACGUCACAGGUGUGAAGAUCUGGAUGGACAACCUGGUCAAAGGGGGAGCAGGAGGGAGAACCUGAGCAGUUCUCAAAUGGAUUACAAGAAACCAGGGACCCAGAAGGAAAGAAAACCUGAUUAUGCUGCUUAAGUCAGAUUUAAAGUCCAGGAUGUGAAAUGGGCUUUCAGAUUUUGAAAAGUUAAGCUCAUCAAGGAUUAACCAAUGUUUAAUUAUUUUUUAAGAGCACAUAGCAAUGACGACCUGUAUUUUUCUUUUUCAAGUCUACAGCCCUUGGUAUUCCCAGGCAGCCUCCAAUCCACGCCCCAACCAGGCCCUGCCCUGCUGCUUAUCUGCCAAAAUCAGAGAUUGAGAGCGUUCAGGGUGGUGUGGCCACAGAUGAUUACCUAAGUUAAAUUUAAAAUAAUUUUCAGUUUCUUUCUCUAGUGCAAAUUCCCAGCAUGCUUUUUUUUUUUUUUGAGACGUAGUCUAGCUCCGUCACCCAGGUGGGAGUGCAGUGCCAUAAUCUUGGCUCACUACAACCUCUGCUUUCGAGGCUAAAGCAAUCCUCAUGGCUCAGCCUCCCAAGCAGCUUGUUCUACGGGUGUGCAUCACUGCAUCUGGCUAAUUUUUGUAUUUUUAGUAGAGAUGGGGUUUCAUUAUGUUGGCCAGGCCAGUCUCAAGCUCCUGGCCUCAAGUGAUCUGCCCACCUCAGCCUCCCAAGCAUAUGAGCCACUGCACCUGGCAGGCUUUUCCAUUCUCAAAUACCUGCUGUUCCAUGUGGUCCCUCCAUCAACGGCCUUUUCAGUCUUCUGCAUUUGGGACAGACGUAGAUUCAGCCAAGUGAGAGGAUGGCUUCUGGCUUGGCCAGUACCUGGUGGGGUCUAAUUUCUGAAUGCCAGACUCGGGGCAGGUGCAGUUGGGGAGACCAGGGAGUGGGGAGCCGACGGACAUCAGGGCAGCCCCCAGGGAUCUCAGCACGUGAGUGUGCGUGUUGUGUGUUGUGAACGUCUUUGUGGAGGGAGCCUGCAGGAGGGGAGGGCUGAGAGCAUCUGGACUGGGCCAGUCACAGGGGCCCAGGGACGCCAAUGAUGGAAACUGUCCCCUAGUCUGGGACAAAUGACUGAAGACUUCUCCAGUGUUGGAGAAGUAACAAUACCCUCAGUCUGGCCAAAGUGAAACUGCACAUCAGAAGCCUGAUUGAGACCGGCGGGAACGGCGUGCCACCAGAUGGCAGCCAGCUGCCAGGGACUGUCCUGCUGAUGUUUAUCCACAGCCUUUUCUCAAGACAGCUGAGAAAAGAGCACCGGCAGGGCAAUCAGCAGCUAGAGUGGUCACGGGGUUUCCAACCACGCCAAGCAGACACCUGCGCCCUGCACACGCACACAGCCUGGCCUCAGUGAGGGUUCGUUCUGCCCCAGCCCUUCCCUGACAAAGCGCUGCUGGCUUCUGGAAACAUCCAGAUAACUCAGGAGGACCUGGCUGUGGUCCCUGCCAUGGCACUGCUGGCACUCCCACAGCUGGCACGAGGCACCAUAGUUGCUUUUACCCUAGAAACGAGCAGCAGACUCACCAGGAGUCUCCCUCACAGCUGUCACCACCUGCCCCACUCAGGGUGCCGGGCAUCACGCUUUCAAACCAAAACCAUCAUACCAACUGUUAACGCCACAAAGGUUCCCGCUGCCGAGAGCCACGAUAACAUCUGUGCUCCUUCUGCUCCUUUAACUGAUGCCAGAAAGUCUUUCACAACUGAGCUAGUCAAGAAAGGGGCCUAAAAACAGCAGGUAAAUGUGAGGGCGCCCGGGAUGACACGCCACGUAACCAACAUACUGCAGUGUGCCCGGGCGGGCACAGGUGAGAGGGAUGGAUCCUUCUGAAAGCUUAGAAUUAUUACCACAUGGUUUAGAAGUAAUUCAUUUCUUUAAGUGUUUCGUAAAGGACAUAAACCCCCUGGGACACACAAGAAUGCCUUUGCUGGGACCAGAAUCACCUCCCACAAACAGAGAAAGUCACAGGCGGCCUAAGCCGUGGGCAAUCACAGCAGCAGUCUACAUACAAAAUGAGGGCAAGAAACUUUUACUUUCUAUUAGAAUUUACAACAAUAUACAGACAAUAUGGUAAGAUUUUAGAGAAAACACAUCAUCACUAUGAAUAUCCACAAUCUGAUUUCUUUUGAGAACCAAGAUGGCUUUUGAAAAGGCUGCUUUUUAGAACAAAAUGUGUUGUUUCUGUCUGGUAUCUAGAUCUUGUAUGCUACAGCCUGUGUAACAAACUUGAAUUUUAACAUUUAAAUCUUGAUUCCAAUAUUCCUGACCUAUCUUUUGUCAUGUAAAAGAAAUAAGCUUUUUUUUUUGAGACGGAGUCUCGCUCUGUUGCCAGGCUGGAAGGCUGUCGGGCAAUCUCAGUUCACUGCAACCUCUGCCUCCCGAGUAUUUGGGACUACAGGCAUGCGCCACCACACCCAGCUAAAUUUUUUUUUUUUAAUAGAGAUGGGGUUUCACCAUAUUGGCCAUGCUGGUCUCAAACUCCUGACCUUGUGAUCCACCCGCCUCGGCCUCCCAAAGUGCUGCGAUUACAGGCGUGAGCCACUGCCCCUGGCCAAGCUUUUUUUUUUUUUUUUUU